CUGCUGUGGUCCCAGUUUAUGAUGAAUAGGAAAUUGUCAUUUUUGUACUUUAGUAGUAGACCUGCCGGCGCUGGUCUUGAAGUAUAAUUCUGCGGGGUGUCCAUGCGGUGAAGGCUAACAGGUCAUACGUGUUUGCUAUCUAGGGGACCACAUCCACUGAGGAACCAUGAGGAUCGGCCCUUUGUCUUUAAGUAGCAUAUGCUUCCUGCUCGUGUAUGUGCUUUCAAUGGUAACUGCAGGACGUGAUUUCUAUAAAAUUCUGGGUGUGUCACGGGGAGCGUCUGUAAAAGAAAUUAAGAAAGCCUAUCGUAAACUAGCCUUGCAGUUGCAUCCAGAUCGAAAUCCAGAUGAUCCUCAAGCACAAGAAAAAUUUCAAGAUUUAGGUGCUGCUUAUGAGGUGCUGUCGGAUGAGGAAAAGAGAAAGCAAUAUGAUGCCUACGGUGAAGAAGGGCUUAAAGAUGGACAUCAGAGUUCUCAUGGCGAUAUAUUCUCACAUUUCUUUGGGGACUUUGGAUUCAUGUUUGGAGGCAAUCCACGUCAACAGGACAGAAACGUUCCACGUGGCAGUGACAUAAUAAUUGAUCUAGAAGUGACGUUGGAAGAAGUUUACUCUGGAAAUUUUGUAGAAGUGGUAAGAAAUAAGCCUGUAGCUCGGCAAGCACCAGGCAAACGUAAAUGUAACUGUCGCCAAGAAAUGAGGACCACACAGCUAGGGCCUGGGCGUUUUCAAAUGACACAGGAAGUUGUUUGUGAUGAAUGCCCUAAUGUCAAACUUGUAAAUGAGGAGAGAACUUUAGAAGUGGAAAUUGAGCCUGGUGUUAGAGAUGGUAUGGAGUAUCCAUUCAUCGGAGAAGGUGAGCCCCACAUUGAUGGAGAACCUGGGGACCUGCGCUUUCGGAUUAAAGUUCUCAAGCAUCCCAUAUUUGAAAGAAGAGGAGAUGACCUUUACACAAAUGUGACUAUUUCUCUAGUUGAGUCACUGAUAGGUUUUGAAAUGGGUAUUACUCAUUUGGAUGGCCAUAAAGUUCACAUAAUGAGAGAUAAAAUAACUAAACCUGGAGCAAAGCUUUGGAAAAAAGGUGAAGGGCUUCCGAAUUUCGACAACAAUAACAUUAAGGGUUCUCUAAUUAUUACGUUUGAUGUGGAAUUCCCUAAAGAACAGCUAACGGAAGAGCAAAAAGAUGGUGUGAAAAAGCUUUUGAAGCAUGGAUCAGUGCAGAAGAUUUAUAAUGGACUUCAGGGAUAUUAACCAUACACAAACUUUAUGCAAAAGAGUAAAUGGACAUAUUUAUUCUGGGGUUCUUUUUUGUGUUUUUUAAUAUAAAUAAAUGUUCCACUGAAUGGGUCUUAA